AGCUGCUUCUACAAGACAAAGAUGCCCAGUGAAUUAUCUUUACUUUCUUAGAGAAUCUAUGGGAAUCAAGUCGCUUAGUGACAGAGCAAGCCCAAUCAGAGCUGUGGAUUGUGCUCGUUGGGAAGGUUAAAGUUGGGAAGACUGCAGUCAUGAACACCUUCCUGAGGAGCUCAGAGGAAAAUAAGAAAACUGAUCCUGAAUGUCAAAGGGGUUUUCUCCCUGGAACAGAAAAAUGUAAGAAGGAAGAAGUAAAGAUCGGAGGACGAAACGUGGUUAUUGUCGACACUCCAGGUCUGUGUAACGCAGAUAAAGAAGAUGAGGAGGUGGUGGAGGAGCUCAAGAAACGUGUCUCGCUUGCUGGUCCUUAUGUGAUCCUGUUUGUGCUUUCCUGUUUGGACAAAUUUCAUGAUGCUGAAAAGGGCAUAUUUCAGAUUAUCAAGAACACCUUCGGUGAAAAUGUGGUAAACCGCACUAUGGUUUUGUUCACCCAUGGAGAUAAAAUGAAGAACACAACUAUAGAAAAGUUUGUUGAAGAAAACAGUGAUCUCAAAAACACUGUCAAUGAAUGUAACGGGGGAUGCCAUGUUAUUGACAACACUGAUCAGAAUCUGUCUCAAGUCACCGAGCUUCUGAAGAAGAUCGACACCAUGGUUCAGAAAAAUGGAGGAAAGCCUGAGAACGAAGGAAAACGUUCUGGAGUUCGGAGGAAAAUCGCACUCGCUGUUAACGGCUCUGCUCUGGCUGGAGCAGGUCUCGGAGCAGCAGUUUCUCACUUUGCUGGGAGCAUAAUUGGGAUCCCAGCAGGACUUGCAGCAGGAGCUGCAGUGGGAGGUGCACUAGGAGGUGUAGGGAUCGUGACAGCAGAACACCUUAAGGCUAAAAGAUGUGUGAUACAGUGAAUUGUCAUUAUUCUUAUGAGCAAGGGUGUAGGUUUGGUUUCAGGCAAACAAAGAAAAAACUGUAAAUAUUUGAACGCUAUAUCAUGCGUUUAUAUAUUUAUAUCAAUCUAGCAAAUAACAUUAGAACGGAACUGGUCAUCGGGCUUUCCAAAGGGUUAGUGGCCUAACAAAAAAAGAAAUGCAUUUAAAUUGCUUUAUUAUAAAAACACUGACGCCAUUUGAACAGAGAGCAGGAUUGUGUCUGAGUCUCAACAUAAAGUUUUUCUGAGUUCUCAGUAACGACUAACCAGUUUCAAACUAGUGAUU